AUGUUCGACAAAGUGAUUGGUUUCAUAUCGCUUCACUUGCCACCAACAAAUCCAGGAAAAUCAGAAUACGAAAUGUCGGACUUAUCGGUUUCGAAUCAAGCACCACUACUUACCCUGUCCUUGUCAUACGACGAGCCUGUACAUGAAGAGUUCGGAGAAACUCCGUUACUUUCCUCAUCACCAUCUUUGACGCCAUCAGUUCGGCUCAAAUCCAUGUUUCUUCGCACGUCUCCUCGAUUACAAAACAUGACACGAGAAGAAGUAUAUGAGAAAUUAAGGAAGAAUAUUUCCGAACUGGAGCGAAUGACAGCGCGACUUAAACAUACUUAA